AUGAGGAACGCUAACAUCUUGGCUGCUGCCGCCGUCCUGGCUUCCACAGCCCAUGCCCAAUCCCAACUCUAUGGUCAAUGCGGAGGAAUCGACUGGAAAGGUGCUACGACUUGCGUGUCUGGAUCAUAUUGCUCUAAGAUCAACGACUACUACUCGCAGUGCUUGCCAGGCGCUGCAAGCUCCUCCGUCGUAGCCACCACAGCGCAGACCACAGCUAAGAGUACUUCAACUACGCUCUCUACCGCUACGAAGACCUCGGCCGGAGCAACCCAAGCCACUUCUGCGCCAGCCGCGACCAACUCUGCAAACCCGAUCGCUGGCAAGUCGUUCUAUGCGAACCCUUACUACUCGUCCGAGAUCGUGAGCUUAGCGGCUCCAUCGCUAUCUGCUGCCGGAUCGGCGGCUCUUGCUGCUAAAGCUACCAACGUCGCUAAAGUUGGCACGUUCUACUGGCUUGACGUGCGCGCCAAAGUAUCUACCAUCGCUACCUUCGCGAAGGAUGUUCAAGCAAAAAAUGCCGCCGGUGCGAACUUGGUCCUUCCACUUGUCGUCUACGAUCUCCCAGAGCGAGACUGUGCAGCUUUAGCUUCCAACGGCGAACUUUCGCUCGCCAACAACGGAGCUGCUCUGUACCAGGGUUAUAUUGACGACAUUGCUGCUCAGAUCAAUGCGUUCCCGGACGUCCAGUUUGUUCUUGUCAUCGAGCCCGACAGUUUGGCCAACCUGGUGACCAACCUCAACGUGCAGAAAUGCGCAAACGCAGCGACUGCCUACAAGACGCUUACUCAGUAUGCCAUCAAGACUCUGAACUUGAAGAACGUUGUUAUGUACCUUGACGCCGGACAUGCGGGCUGGCUGGGUUGGACCGCCAACCUCACUCCUGCUGCACAGCUAUUCGCGCAGCUUUACAAGGAUGCCGGAUCCCCGGCUGCUGUUCGAGGUCUUGCUACCAACGUGGCCAAUUACAACGCCUGGAGCAUAUCUACCUGCCCAUCCUACACUCAAGGAAACGCUGUCUGCGACGAGAAGAAAUACGUCAAUGCUUUGGCUCCCCUCCUUCAAGCGCAAGGCUUCCCGGCGCACUUCAUCACUGACACUGGUCGUAAUGGAGUGCAGCCCACUAAGCAGCAAGCUUGGGGCGACUGGUGCAACGUCAUCGGCACUGGAUUUGGUAUCCGCCCUUCCACGUCCACCGACGACCCUCUUCUGGAUGCUUAUGUAUGGGUCAAGCCUGGUGGAGAGUGUGACGGUACAUCAAACACGACUGCGGUUAGAUACGAUGCCCACUGCGGAUUGGACGAUGCUCUGAAGCCCGCUCCGGAGGCCGGCUCGUGGUUCCAGGCGUACUUUGCUCAGCUGUUGACCAACGCCAACCCGGCCUUCUAA